AUGAUGAUGAUGAUGAGAAAGCAUCAUCGAUGGAUCAAAAUUGUCUUCGGAAACUUCACUGGAAUUGGAGCCUGCUUAACGAUGCUGUUGAGGCAUGCUGACGUUGAGUUCUUGUUGAGAAAGAUUACGUUGUCUAGCAAUUUCUUCUCUACGAAUUUCUGGAAGAUACUUAUUGCAUUACUUUGUACAGGUUGA